UUUAAAGUGAAACCGAUAAGAUUGUAGACUUGAUAAACCAAUUGAUUAUCUGCUUAAUCAAUAGCAUAAAUUCGGUUUAAAGUCUAGUAAUUUAUUCUUGCUGAUGCAACUGUGUAGUUAAAAAUGAAGACAUUUGUUUUAAGUCUAAGCCUUCUGGCAUUAGUCUACGGUAACCAAGAGGAUUAUUUGAAAUGGGUGAGUUACAAUGGAGAAAUACCAAAAGAUGCAGUGCCAGCUGGUAUGGAUGCUGAUAAUAAUACAGUAUAUAUCGGACGAGUGCAUUUAAUCACGAAUAGGGCUGAAGGAUUUGUUCCUGGAAAUAUUAAUCCUGGUGUAGUAUCUCUGGAUACCGUCCUUUUUAAUCAAGUUUACACAGCUACAGAAAACAUUGAGAUCCUUACAGCAGUUAACAACCCAAAACUAGAAUGGAUAUUAGUAAAAGAAUACCAGUUUCCGAAACUUUUUGACCAUGAAGAAUUCCAUGUUGCCAGAGUGGGUUGGGAACUAGCAAAGGGCGAAUUUAAUUCUACAAUCUAUUUGGGGAGAACACACUUCAACGACAGAACAAACAUUGGAAAAGUUUUUACCAGCGCAAAUUUUUAUGCAGAAAACAAUGAACUGUAUUUUGCUGCGAAUAGUAAAACCAAAACGGGAUACGUGUUUGAGGCACUAGUGUAUUAUUAUUAAUUAUUACGUAAGUAAGAAGAAAUUUUAGUAGACAAUAAAAAUGUUGUUAUCA